AUGUCUAAUUGGGCUGGACUGCGGAAGAUUGAUGAUGGCCUUUUUGCUGCUGUUACUGACACGUACAAGAAUCUUUUGCAGUUUGAUGGUUCCUUCGAAGAUGAAGCUGGGGCUAAAUCUACUGUGGAGGAAUUUCUUGCUGGAAAGAGGACAGCAGGCGAUAUCGAAAACAUUUCAAAGGAGCUCUGGGCAUGGAGGCAGUCGCGCUUGAAGAGGAGGCCGUCCGAGGUAGUGCUUUUGCAGAGACGCUUACCUGAGUUCGCUGCUAGUGUUCCACGCUCCCAGAAGGAUAUCACUGCGGUUUUUGAAGAGGCAGUCAACACCACCCCUGCUGUUGCGCUGUCCCUGCUGAAGCGUGCAAUCAGAGCAGCUAGGGCCCAUGGGGACAAAGAGGAGGUAGAGAACAAGUUGCGUGAGAAGUGGGCCCUCGAGCUUGUCGCCAUUAUACAGGAGGCAGAGCUGCCUGCCGCAGAGCGGAUUGCUGCAUUGGGCAAUGACAAUCAUUUCUGGUUAAGAGCUUUUGGACGACGUAGGGGAAAAACGCUGCGAAAUCGUGCGAGAGCUUGGAAGCCGGUUAGGGCUUGGUUGCAGGGCUCAUUGGGAAUUUCUUGGCCUGUGGAUGCUGGAGUGAUCUUGAGAUAUCUUGAGGAGAGAGAUGAGAUUCACAGGAUGGGAAAGAGUGUUCCCAAAUCUAUCCUGGCAAGCCUUUCACUCUUGGAAGGCGUUGGGAUGGUACCGGCUGGCAAACGCCUUUGCGAGGACCCCUUGCUGCUUGAGAGCAUCAAGUCUUGGACAGCCGAGCUGGAAGUCGAUCAGGCUGCACCAAAGGCAGCUGCAAUGUUGCCUGUUUCAGUCGUGCUAAUAUGCGAGCUGGUGGUUUGCAGGCCUUUGUACCCACCUGGGUUGCGAUUCAUGGCUUUCAUUUUGCUGGUCAUGGUAUGGGCAAGCCUGCGCGCAGAUGAUAUGCAAAACGUCAAUCCAGCCAGUGUGAAGCUGAGCCAGGUCGGACUGAGGUUCAUCCUUAGGAAGACGAAGACGAGUGGACCUGGGCGCAAGGUUGGUGAGCUGCAUGGGUUCAUUUCUCGGGUCGUGGGACUCAGUGGCUUUGACUGGCUCGGGGAAGGUUUCAAGCUGCUGACUUCUGAACGAUUUUCAUGGGCGCGAGAUUUUCUAUGCCCUUGCUUUACAAAUGAGUGGGAUGAGCCAAAGAGAGAAUACAUGGACGCGGAGGGCCUCGCUUUGCAGUUGAGGCGUUUGCUGAAGGAGUUGCCUACACCGGUGAGGCAAAUGGGAACCUGGAAGGUGAAACGAGAGCUGCUGCUGCCUGGCGACGUCGCAAACUUUUGGACAGGGCACAGUCCUCGUCACUUCGUGGUGAGCAUUGCAGCCGCCAUCGGGAUAUCAAAGGACCGGCGUGACUAUCUGGGGCGAUGGGCGUAUGCUCAACAUGGGUCACAGGAUUACGUCCUCACUUCGCGUCAGGUGGUCCAGGCGAUCCAGACCACUGUUUGCAAGACACUGCUAUUGGGGGGCGAUGGAGGCGGUUACAUUGAGGAGGAGCUGCUUUGCACUUUAAGGAGUUUUGCUGAUGACCUUGGAUUGAAUGGGGAGGAGAUCGUCGGCGCAAAUACGGUGAUGCAAUGGGAUGGACACAAACAGACCUGGUUGCUGGGGGGACAAUAUCCUGCUUUGGAGAGGGUUCCGAUUGCCGAAGGGGAGCUCGAGGCGAAGCUCCCUGGAGAAUAUGAGGCUUUUGAAGCAGAGCCGGACGAGGACGAGGCGCCGUACUUCUUGACUGUCUCUCGGAGAGGGUUCAGACGUUUGCAUCUUUCCAAGCGUUGUGCAGUCCGGAGAGAGAGGUGCCUCGAGACCAUUCCAGUUUUCCACCUUGGAGAGGGCAUUGCUGAUGCGAUGUGUAAGCUGUGCAAGCCGCGGGUGGAGAUAGGCGAAGAGUCUUCAACUAGUGGCUCGGAGGACACUGUUGAAGGUGAGCAGGAGGCUAUUGAGCCAGAGCCUUUCGGUGGAGGCCUUGGGCUCGGGCCCUUGGCUGGAGGCUUGGGGCAUGAUCAGGAUCUCUGA